AUGUUUGAAAUCGGACGAGUUUUGCACCCACCAAUCACCAUGGCUUCGCCGAAUCGCAAUAACUACAGCUACCAAGGGUUAGGAUCUUAUGAUUCCGGCCGUUCCAGGCAAAACUCGGGGGCCAUGGACAUCCACGUCCUCACAGGUCAAGAACCUCCUCGAGAACCCCCACCCAACGAUGAUCCUUAUGAUGGUCAUGGGGGUCCAGAUCAGACAAGCCGUUAUACCAGGCCUCCAAACAGAUGGCUCUUCUAUGAAGAAAAUGGGAGAACAUAUCAUGGUUAUCGCAGAGGAGUUUACCCGCUGCCAUGUGAUGAAGAGGAGCAGGACCGUCUCGAUAUCUUCCAUAAGCUGUUCACGGUAGCACGGGUGUCCGAGAGCUUAAUUUACGCACCUCACCCUCCAAAUGGUAGAUUCCUAGAUCUGGGAUGCGGCACUGGGAUCUGGGCCAUUGACGUGGCCCAUAAGUAUCCCAAUGCUUUCGUGGCUGGGGUAGAUCUAGCACCUAUACAGCCUCCCAACCACCCUGACAACUGCGAGUUCUAUGCGCCUUUUGACUUUGAGGCGCCAUGGACACUUGGGGAGAAUUCUUGGGAUCUAAUCCACCUGCAGAUGGGUUCCGGCAGUGUUCUGGGCUGGCCGAAUCUCUACAAGCGAAUCUUAAGGCAUCUUCAGCCUGGGGCAUGGUUUGAACAAGUGGAAAUAGAUUUCGAACCCCGCUGCGAUGAUCGCUCCCUGGAUGGACUGGCACUCCGGGAAUGGUACCAGUACCUGAAACAGGCGACACAAGAUACUAUGAGGCCCAUAGCGCACAGCUCCCGGGAUACCAUCAGACACCUUGAGGAGGCAGGCUUUACUCAAAUCGACCAUCAGAUGGUGGGGUUGCCUCUCAACCCUUGGCACCAUGAUGAACAUGAGAAAAAGGUAGCCCGUUGGUAUAACCUUGCAAUCUCUGAAAGUAUCGAGACGCUCAGCCUCGCCCCUUUCAGUCGCAUCUUUCACUGGGACUUGGAGAGAAUCAGACAAAUCACGGCGGAGGUUAAGUCACAGGCCUUCAACAAGGAAAUCCACGCUUACAACAUCUUACACAUAUACCAGGCACGGAAGCCGGGCGGCCCGUCCCUUUGA